AUGUCUGGCAGGCUAGAUCAAUCCCUCGAUUCCAUCAUCGACAGCCAGAAGAAGCAGAAGCGUGAAAAUCGCAAUCGCGGCCGCAAGGUUGGGAAACCUCAGACCACCGCUGCUCCCGUUGGUGGUGUCAAGAAAUCCACGAGACCUGUCAAAUCGGCCAUCAAGCCCGCUGCAGGUGCUACUACUCUAUCAAAAACCAGCAAAAUCGUCGUCAGUGGUUUGCCACACGAUGUCAACGAAGCCCAAAUCAAGGAAUACUUCGGCAAGUCUGUAGGAUUCGUCAAGAGAGUUUCUCUCCAAUACAACCAAAAUGGACAGAGUCGUGGUAUUGCCGACAUCAUCUUCUCCAAGUCAGACGCUGCUGCCAAAGCAGCAAAAGAUCUCAACGGAAUGCUUAUUGAAGUCGUGGUCGAUGCAAGCCAUGUUCCAGAACCAACAAAAGCCAAAUCUCUUGCCGACCGUGUUGCGUACGCAAACCCACAACGCUCGGUUAAGUCGGACCCACUGACCAAGACCAGUGCCAACCCUAAGGCUCAACCCAAAUCGGCCACAACCGUCAAGAACACUACUGCUAAAGAUGGUACCAAAGGACGAUCAGCAGGAAAGCCCGGCAGCAAACCAGUCAAGCGUGAUGGUCGUCGUCAGAAUCGACCAAAGGCAAAGACUGCCGAAGAACUUGAUGCCGAAAUGACCGAUUAUUGGGGUGGAAACAACCCAUCUGCUGUUGCUGCUCCAGUUGCUGCACCUUCCAACGGAACUGUCCCUCCACCCGCUACUGGCGAUGAAGAUAUGAUUUCAUGA